GGACAUUUCAUCGUUGUUGUCUCUUAGAGACCGAGCCCCUAAGCUAAAAAGAAAAACUUCUUGUUGGUGCGGCCGGUCAAUAAAGGGCCCGAACCCCUAUAGAGUUAAGGGUUCGACCCCAGACCAUCGUAACAACAACUGGAAGGCAAAAAAAAAAAAAAAUUAUAUCAAAGAUAUAUAAAAAAAAUUUAUAGAAAAGAAGAACAGAGAUGGGAGGACCUAAGUUAAUGUAUUCGUUCUUCUUUCUAUUUAUCAUUUUUGCUACAAUAAUACCGUGCCUAAUGGCUCACAUUGGUGACUUCGACGAGGUGUGGCGGAGGAGAGCCGAAGAAGCUAGAGAAUACGCCCGUCAGAUUUAUGAGCCCAACCCUGAAAAUGUCACCCUUGCAUUUAACCAGAAAGUUCGCGAUAGUAUGAAGGAAGUGACAGUUAGCAAUAAUAGCACAAGGAGGGGUCUAGGGACGAAAAAGUACAAAGGACCUUGCAUGGUCACAAAUCCAAUUGAUAGGUGCUGGAGAUGUGACCCUAAUUGGGCUGACAAUAGGAAAAGGCUAGCAGAUUGUGCAAUGGGCUUUGGAUCCAAGGCCACCGGUGGGAAGGAUGGCGAAAUCUACAUCGUCACCGACAAUUCAGACGAUUAUGCUGAACCAAAACCUGGAACUCUUCGUUAUGCCGUUAUCCAAAAGGAGCCAUUGUGGAUCAUAUUCGAAAGAAGUAUGACCAUCAGGUUACACCAGGAGCUGAUAAUGCAGAGUGACAAGACUAUCGAUGCUCGUGGGGCUAACGUUCAUAUUGCUAAAGGUGCUGGCAUUACCCUCCAGUACAUCAAGAACGUGAUCAUCCACGGACUCCAUAUUCAUGACAUUGUCGAAGGAAGUGGUGGGAUGGUUCGUGACGCAGUGGACCAUAUUGGCAUACGUACCGUUAGUGAUGGAGAUGGCAUUUCUAUUUUUGGUGCCUCCAAUAUAUGGAUUGAUCAUGUCUCUAUGAGGAAAUGCUAUGAUGGAAUCAUAGACGCUGUGGAAGGAUCCACUGCUAUCACUAUAUCCAAUGGACAUUUCACUGAUCAUAAUGAGGUCAUGUUGUUUGGUGCAAGUGACAGUUCUUCAAUAGAUCAAGUUAUGCAAAUCACAUUAGCUUUCAAUCAUUUUGGAAAGAGAUUGGUGCAGAGAAUGCCAAGGUGCCGAUGGGGAUAUAUUCAUGUUGUUAACAAUGACUAUACUCACUGGAAUAUGUAUGCCAUUGGUGGUAGCAUGCAUCCCACUAUCAUUACCCAGGGUAAUCGUUUUAUUGCCCCUCCUGACAUCUUCAAGAAACAGGUAACAAAGAGGGAGUACAACCCAGAAGAAGUGUGGAAGCACUGGACAUGGAGAUCAGAGGGAAAUCUAUUCAUGAAUGGUGCAUACUUCAUUGAAUCUGGUGAUCCAGAUUGGUCCAAGAAACACAAAGAGCUUUAUGACGGAAUAUCAGCUGCCCCAGCUGAAGAAGUCACUUGGAUAACUAGAUUUGCAGGUGCACUUGGCUGCAAAAAAGGAAAGGCUUGUUAAUAAUAAGGAAAAAAAAAAGAAAAACAAUGUUCUAAACAUCUUAUUAAGACGGAAAAUCUUGGCAUCGACCGACGGCAACUGGAUAUUAAACAUGUCUACAGAUUUUUCCAACCACGGUGAAGUCGGAGGAACGCUACCUUUUUUUGUAUGUGUGUAUCUAUAUUGAGAUUUUUUGUAAAUUACUAAAUGACCUAUAAAUAUUGAUUACCCUUUUUGUGUAUCUGUUGUGCCAUUUGCAGUUUUGUAGUCGAUGUUUUGGUUCGCUAAUAAAUGGUAUUUGCAAGAUUUUUUUUA